GGGACCGCGGCAGGCCGUGUGCCCUCCCGAUGCAGCUCCCACGCGUGGGAGACUGGCCUGCGAGGCGGCGGCUGGGAGGAAGCCCAGUGCUCAGUUCCCCCGAAGGGCAAUGUGCGGCCCUUCCUGCACCCCUCUACCGGCCUUGCCCCACUGGGGCAGAUUUUCCCCAAGUUGACAUUCCGGUCCACCCGGCACCCACAGCCAGCAACUUAGAGCUUCUCACGUGACGCCCGUCGUCGGGCGUGGGGUUGUGUAACCUGCAAACGCGCGUGUUUUGCUCAUCUGUGCAGUUGGUAUGCUUUUUUUUCUGCGUCAGCAAACUUUAGGUUUUGAUUCUCACAAUGGCCAUCACUCAGUUUCGGUUAUUUAAAGUUUGUACCUGCCUAGCAACAGUAUUCUCAUUCCUAAAGAGAUUAAUAUGCAGAUCUGGCCGAGGAAGGAAAUUAAGUGGAGACCAAAUAACUUUGCCCACUACAGUUGAUUAUUCUUCAGUUCCUAAGCAGACAGAUGUGGAAGAGUGGACUUCCUGGGAUGAAGAUGCUCCUACAAGUGUCAAGAUUGAAGGAGGGAAUGGGAAUGUAGCAACACAGCAGAAUUCUUUGGAGCAACUGGAACCUGACUAUUUUAAGGACAUGACGCCAACCAUAAGGAAAACUCAGAAAAUAGUCAUUAAGAAGAGAGAACCACUAAAUUUUGGUGUUCCAGAUGGUAACACUGGUUUCUCCAGUAGAUUAGCAGCUACACAAGACAUGCCGUUUAUUCACCAAUCUUCUGAAUUAGGUGACUUAGAUACCUGGCAGGAAAAUACCAAUGCAUGGGAAGAAGAAGAAGAUGCAGCCUGGCAAGCAGAAGAAGUUCUGAGGCAGCAGAAAAUAGCAGACCGGGAAAAGAGAGCAGCUGAGCAGCAAAGAAAGAAAAUGGAAAAGGAGGCUCAGCGGCUAAUGAAGAAGGAGCCAAACAAAAUCGGUGUGAAACUUUCAUAACGUAUGUUCUUCAGACGUCACAGUGCCAGUAGGAGAAAUUGGCUCCACAGCAAGCAUUUGUGUGGAUUCAAUAGUGUUUUCUGACUACAAACACACUGCUUGGUUUUAAUGCAUUCUUCGAGCCAUCCAGGACACCAGGAUUCUCCCAUAAUACCUUGAACUGUUAGUAAUCGAGACUCAAAAAAUAAAAAUGAUGAGAUAUUUUCUUCAACAUAUUCUGAAUAUAAGACAGUUGUUUGCUGUAGAGAAGUUAUUUCAAAUGGAAUAUACCAGUACCUCUCAAGCUAGUGUCUCUAGCUGAAUAAAUGGGUGUAAAUAAUUUUAUGAUAGAAAGUACUCUGCUCUCUAUUAUGCUUUCCCUAAAUGUGCAUAUUAUAAAAUAAUUUUGAUAUUCUUUUGUUUCCAUGAUCACCUGACCUAAACGAGACAAACCACAGGUAGGGCUUUAUACAUGCAUUUUUUGUUUGUAGCUGCUGUUGGCAUACAUUUUCUAUAAUUUGAACUGGCAUUGUUUGUUGGUUCAACAUUAGGAAUUUGAUGAUUUUGAAUUUCAAGAAAAUAACAUUAAAUAUAAUAAUUUUAUUUAUCAAAUAUUUUGUAUAUCCUUAUUUUCUUUUGGAUGGUAUUGUAAUGUUAUACAUAGUUGUAAUUUAUAUUGCAUGUGUAAACAUUGAAAUUCAGCUACAGUGACAAAUUUGUGUGACUUUCAAGAACUAGGAUUGAUAGCCUUCCCUUUAUUUCAGAUGUCAAGAUGUUACAGAGUCUUUAAGAACCUUAAUUCUUCAUUUUCCUCAAAAGCCAUUAAUAUACAAAUGCAGAAAGCCUUCAGUUCUAAGUCUUCAAUGAUUUUGGAAGAUGGCUCUAUCGGUUUUAUAUCUUAUAGGAUGUAGGGUACCUAUAUUGUUAGAUAGAUAACUUUAUUGGUUCAUUAUAAACCAACUUAGAAACUGGUGUGGUAGCACCCACCUUUAAUCCCAGCACACAGGAGGCAGAGGCAGAUUACUGAGAUCCAGGUCAGCCUGGGAUGGUCUACAUAAUGAGAUCAGACCAGCUAGGGCUACAGAGUGAGACCCUGCCUCAAAAAAAACCCCUAAAUCAAUAAACAAGCCAAGUUAGGAAUUAUCUUUUGUGUGUGUGGGUGUGUGGUAUUGAUGAGGUUGUCUAAAGAAAGAGAUGCGUAUUGUGUUCAUGGGGGAAAAGGAGCAGAUCUGAUAGUUUGAAUUCCAUUAAAUUUUUCUCUACCAUUAAAACACAACUAGCCUGAUAUUCUGUGACUUUGGGAUUUUUGAAGAUUUUUUUUUUUUACUUUCUUCAAAGUUACUGCCCAGAAUUAACAUUUUGUGGGGCUUUAAAAUAUUAUAAACAUUCUACAGGCCAAGCAUUGUUAAUUUAUUUGAAUACUUCAUAGUAAAAUCAAUAACUACAUAUUGAGAUUUUCCUAAGUCCUUAGCCUAAUCUUCCAGACUAAAUGUGAUUAUAAUCAGUUGAAUUUAAUUCUGGUAGAAAACUGUUUAGAGCCCUAAGUCACAUUGUCAGUUACCAUGUUUAUUAGAGUAUCUGCCAGUACACUCCCAAUUAGACUCUGAGGAACCCCAGCCCCCACCGCAACAUCUCACUAUGUAGACCGGGCUGCCUUCAGACUCACAGAGAUCCCUCUACUUCUGCCUCCCAAAUGCUGGGAUUAUAGAUUCAGAAUUUUAAAAAUAUUUUAUCUUCCUACUUAUUUAUUUUUAGUCAUUUUGAGGCUAUUACAUUAUUUCUAUAAAUGGGGGUGGGGGUUUCUCAAAGGAUGAUCCGCUUUAGUGUAGUUACUUUUACUGCUUUCCCCCAAUAGUUGUAAAGUACUAAAGUCUGUUUUGGUCAUGAUUUUCAUUCUUUUUAUGUUUGGUUCUUUAAAUUUUGAAAAAUAAAAACCAGCUAGAAAUUGUA